AUGGACGAAGCCAGAAAGAGCGCCAACAAAGGCACAAAGAAAAUUUUGUUUCAGACUUUUAUAAGACUUGAACCGGCACUUACCCACCAAAUCUUAACCAUGCAACGUGCACCACCAAAGGAGUUGAACUUCAAGACCCAGCUGCUGUCCGGCAAAAAUGUUCUCCUGGUGGAGAGUCCUGGUUACGAGAGCGAGCUGUUCAUGCCGCAAAUCGUCGGGGGGCGAAUCACCUUGCAGAACGUUAUACCAAAUCGCAGGUGCUGUCCAGAGAGCAGGAUGUUGUCGGAUCCCUUGAUGGGCGACAUGGGCUCCAGAAAAAGGACUGUGAAGAGUCCUACACGGCGCUCCUUUGCCGCCGUCAAUCUCGCAACCCCAAAGGCCAAGAGCACCCCGAUAAAUAAUUCGUCUCUUAGAACUCGGGCUGGUAAGGAAAACGCCGUUCCGCAGCUAACGCCAGAGAGGUUGCGCUGCCGACCCUUUCACUUACCUUCAGAUGGGGAGAUGGACAUAGACGAAUUAUCAUGCCAGGAGCAGGCACCUGGGAGCCUGUCAUCCUCCAAGUCUAUGAUGUCAGCUUGUACAAAUAAUAGUCUUUCAGAGAUUGAGGUGUUAUCGCCAGUGAUUUCAAGCAAGAACGGCUCCAAUGUCCAUGCUAACGAAUUGGGCCGUAACAACUUUACGCCCUUAAGCAUUUCUGAGACAAGAAUCCCACCGCCAGUCAUGCCAAAAGAGAACGUAAUCGAACAGAACCUUCAAGCGAUGGAAGUCGUCCACAGCAAGUCUAAACCCAAAGUAUCCGCCCUACGGACAUAUUCUCGUAAAAAACCGGGCACCGCCAGCAAAGCAAAACCGACACCCGUGUGGUCUCCUCUUCAGAAGAAGAAAAAGAACUCGUCGGUAUCAUCCACCAAGGUGCCGUCUCCCACCAUGAAGAUGGAAGUGCGUUAUCGAAAAUUGAUAGUUGACACCAAGAAAACGCUAGCUGCCAAUGAUCCUAGCAAAUUGUCUCCAGGGCCUAUUACAAUGAAGAAAAUCAUAAGGAAGCAAGUGACAGGAAAGACACGAAAGCAAUUUGAAGCCCUCAAAGUCACUGCCUUUGACUUAUUAACCAAUUUGUGUGUGGGCAACAUUUCCGAGGAUCUGGUCAAGCAAUUCCAGAAAGCCUGUGCGAACAGGGUUUGCACCACCUUGCCCAAUUACGCAGAGAUCGCAGUUGUCCCGCCGCUGGAAAUGGAUCGAGAGGUGACUGCAAUAAUGGCCAGGCAGAAGCGGAUGGAACGGGGGAGCCAGAGACCAAGGAGCGCUAUACCGCUGGAUAGCAAUCUAGCGUAGAGGCUAAUUUUUUUUUAAGAUGAUCUCGAUGUAUUUGUUCUAUCAUCCAGAGAGAAGUGCAAAUGCAUGUAUGCUCUUGUCAUUCGUAUUAAACAUAGAAUACUUUAAAAUUCAUGCUUUGAUCUCCAUUUAUGAUUACAAGUAUUAUACAUUUACCAAAAAGGAACACAUUUUGUCUAGUUAUAUGUACAGUUCUACCUUAAGCUAGCCUAGGAGAGCCUACACUAACAGCAAAUAAAAAUAUGACUUUGUACGA